GUCAAUGAUUAACGCGGGGUCGGGGCCGCCCAGGCCCUGAGGGAUGGAGGCCGGGAUGGUGGCUGCCAGCAACGCGGCCUUCGAGGGGGACCCGCCGCCCUAUUCCCCGCCCGACCCCAAGAGCGCUCAGCUGCUGUUCCCGGUGCUUUUCCACCCUCAGCCCCAUCCCCACCCGCCGCCCUUCACCCCGCAGCCGCUGCCCUACACCGACCCCGUGGGGCCUCCAACAGCCGCACAACAUCCUCCAAAGGACCAGCUGGUGGAGUCGGUGCUGGUGACGCUGUUCUGCUGCCCGCUGACCGGGCUGGCCGCCCUGCUCUAUUCCCACGAGACCCGCUCCGCUCUGAGCCGUGGGGACGUGGCCCAGGCCCGGGUUGCAUCCAAGAAGGCUCAGACGUUGGUGCUGCUCAGCCUCAUCCUGGGGCUGUUCGUCUCCUUCAGUUGGGUUGUGUACGUCCUGGUUGCUCUGUACUGGUGAUGGGCUGCUGUUAGUGAGGAGCAGCUGCUGUGUGCGGCAUCAGGCCCUGCAUUAAGGUGCACAGUGACUAUUGGGACCAACACUGCAGGGCUGGGAAUGGAGCAAACCACAGCGUGCAGCUCUGCAUGUGCAAAGUGUGAGAGGUCUCCUGUGUUUUAGCUUCUAUUCUGCACACACAGCUGUGCUGCAUAGCCGCCUCCUUGCUGCCUCCAGCUUGAAAUAAAACACACACAUCCAAA